AUGCCCUCAGGCAUGGCUUCCAAUUCACCAACUACAAUCCCUUUGUUGUUGAUCAUGGCAUGCCUCCUAGCAGUGCUAGUCCCAUCUGGGCUAGCCCGGCAGCCACGGCGGGAGUGUCGGGAUCACCUCCGUAUUGCUCCCAACCUGUCAGUGCCACCACAAUCUUCUGAGAAAUUUUUAGCACAGCAAUGCUGGGCAACCAUUUGGAACUUAGGUGCUUGUGUUGCAGAUGUUUAUCGGUAUUUUUUGAGCGGCCGAAUGGGGACUGUUAGCCCUACUUGUUGCAAGGCAUUUACUGGGAUCAAUGUCAAGUGCUGGCCAAUAGUUUUUCCUUUUAACCCCUUUUUUACUCCACCAUCACUCAGGAGCUUUUGUGCAGUCAACGAAGGAGCUGCCUUGACACCUUCACAACCACUGUGA